AUGGAUAUUGAGUCAACAACACAAUUAAACAAGGCUGAAUUUUUCUCUCAUUGGGGGAUCUGCCUAAAGGCUUUGCCUAGUAACUUCAAGUCCAAGAUGAUCAAUGUCACAAGGAGUAUAAAGAAUAUUGGCCAAGAUGACCCCAAACGAGUAAUUCACUCAUUAAAAAUGAGGAUUGCUCUCACAUUGGUGUCCUUGAUUUACUACUCAAGGCCUCUUUAUGAUGGCUUCGGAUUGGCAGGAAUGUGUGUUGUUCUGACAGUGGUUUUCGUAUUUGAAUUCACCGUAGGUGAAACCCUCAACAAAGGUUUAAAUGGAAGAUGUGCUACACUAUUAGCUGGUGCUUUAGGGUUUGGAGGCCAACACUUAGCUACUGUUUUUGGAGAAAGAGGAGAAACUUUUGUACUUGGGACCCUUGUCUUCAUUCUAGUUGCAGGGUCUACGUUUUUCAGAUUUUUUCCCAAGAUCAAGGUAAGAUAUGACUAUGGGGUGGUGACGUUUAUAUUGACAUUUUGUUUGGUUACUGUAUCGGGUUACAGAGUCGAGCAACUCUUUGAGCUUGUUCAUCAGAGUUACAGAGUU